CUCGGGACAACACACAUGUCGCACUUGUUGGUACGGCGGCGUGGCGGGGGAACGUCGUCUACAAAGCAGCAGCGCUCUCGCAGCGAAGAGCGGCGCUGUGACGUUGUGGAGAGCGAGCCUCUCCUUUGGGUGGCUGAUGAGCUGACCGAGGAGGAAGCCCGCUGCUGGGAGGAGAGCGACGACGAAGAGUGCGGCGACUCUGCCGAGGUCGGUUAUUCGGCGCCGGGAGUGCCAGGAGCGCGGAGGCAGCAGCGGCAGCAGCACCAUUGGCAGCGGCUGUUUCGGAUCCCGCGCGACGUUCCCGAGCCGGUCGGCGGGCGCGGAUUGGUUUCUGGCGCGGGGCACGUGGCACGCGUCGGCAGCGGGCACGACGAAGCGCGGGAAGCGGCGACCGUCGGCAGCCAGUUCCAUCGAUCGGCGGCCGGGAGCCGGGACGGGCCCGUUACCGGCGCAGCGAGCACCGGCGUCGAAAACGACGGCACGCGAGACGGCCGACGACAGGAGCCCAGCCGCCGCGCGGGGGGCCCGCCUCUGUCCAUGAGUCCCAGCAGCACCGAGUACCUGGACAUGGACAAGAGCGACGACGUCGCGCACAAGAACCGCGGCCUGUACGUGUCGCACAAAUGCAUCGCCGUCUGCGUCGUCCUGGUCGUGGCAGCACUGGCCAUCGUCGGCAUCUCCACCAAACUGCUCACCGAGAAGGCCGAGCAGGGCCCUGCCAAGCCUGUCGAGCCGAUCAAGCCCGUGCCUCCCCUUCCCAAGAACGUGCGCCUGCCGCGGUCUCUGGUGCCCGUGCACUAUGACGUCGAGCUGGCGCCCACAAUAGAUGGGAACUUCACGUUCAACGGAUCCGUGGCGAUCCUCGUGCGCUGCGCGUCGGAGACUUCGAACGUGACGUUGCACAUUAAGGACCUCAACGUGUCGCACGUGUCCGUGAGCGAGUCGAACGCCGCCGGUGGUUCCCGCGUGGAACAUGACAGGUACGACGAAGACAAGCGCCUGCAGUUCCUCGUGAUCAAGCUCAAGAGGCCGCUCGCCGUGGGUGCCAACUACACCAUCAGGAUGAACUUUGUGGGCCUCUUGAACGACGAUCUGGCGGGAUUCUACCGGAGCUCGUACGUGGACGCUUCCGGACACAAGAGGUGGUUGGCGGCGACACAGUUCCAAGCGACGGACGCCCGCCGGGCGUUCCCUUGCUUUGACGAACCGGCCAUGAAAGCCACCUUCGCCGUCACCAUCGUUCGACCGACCAACAUGAAGGCGCUAUCGAACAUGCCUAUCAGCGCCACCACAAACAGGCCUAACGGAUUGCAGGCGGACGCUUUCCAGACUACUGUGCGUAUGUCUACUUAUUUGCUGGCGUUCGUGGUGAGCGACUUCGAGUCUCGGGGCGAUGACAAGUUCAGAGUAUGGGCCCGGCCAAACGCCAUCUCGGCCGUGGAUUAUUCGUUAUCAAUUGGUCCCAAGAUCUUGGAAUUCUACGAGAAGUACUUCUCGGAAAAGUAUCCACUCCCAAAGACUGACAUGGUGGCACUGCCGGACUUUAAUGCUGGCGCCAUGGAGAAUUGGGGACUGGUCACCUUCCGAGAAACGGCUCUACUCUUCAACCCGAACGAGUCAUCGGCCGGAAACAAGCAGCGCGUCGCCGUCGUCGUCUCACAUGAACUCGCACAUCAGUGGUUUGGAAACCUAGUUACCAUGGAGUGGUGGGACGACCUGUGGCUCAAUGAAGGCUUCGCCACCUACGUUGAGUAUCUGGGCGUGGACUUCGUUCACAAGGACUGGGAGAUGGCACAACAGUUCAUCGGCGAGGAACUGCAGCCAGUAAUGGAGCUCGACUCCCUCAAGUCGUCGCACCCCGUCUCGGUUCCGGUCUACAACCCUGACGAAAUCAUCGAAAACUUUGACAAGAUAUCUUACGGAAAGGGGGCAUCCAUAAUUCGCAUGAUGAACUUCUUCCUCACAGAACCGGUCUUCAGGAAAGGUGUCUCGACCUACCUGAAGAAACGGUCUUUCAACAACGCUCGCCAGGAUGAUCUUUGGGCGGAGCUCACCAUGGCGCAAAAUGAAAGCAACCGCGUCGACGUCAAGACUGUGAUGGAUUCGUGGACUCUCCAGACGGGCUACCCGGUCAUCACCGUCAACAGGUCAUACGAGAGCGGCUCGGCAAACAUCUCGCAAGAGCGCUUCUUGGUCGACGGCAGCAAGGACAACAAGACGCUGUGGAAAGUACCUUUCACCUACACCGACGCCAGGAGUCCCAACUGGAACGCUACAGAACCCAAGCUGUGGUUUAACAACAAAACAGCCGUUAUCACGGACCUGCCAACAUCGAGGUCUGAUUGGUUCAUUGCGAACGUCCAGCAAGUGGGAUUCUACAAGGUCAACUACGACGAACUAAACUGGAAGCUCCUGAUUAAGCAGCUCACGGAAAAACAUACGGAUAUUCACGUCAUUAACAGGGCUCAACUAUUGGACGACAUUUUGGAUCUGGCAAGGGCUGGCACCGUCGACUAUGGCUUGGCUCUGGACGCGACUCAGUACUUGGCUAAGGAAGAGUCGUACAUCGCCUGGAGCCCCGUCGCCGCGAAUCUCAAUUUCAUCAGCCGCAUGCUGGAAACCACUGAAGUCUACGGAAAGUGGAAGAAAUACCUGCUCAGCCUUGUGAAGCCGAACUACGACCGCCUCACGUGGAACGAGGAGGAGGGAGAAUCCAUUCUCACGACGUUCCUUCGCACUGAAAUGUACGCGACGGCGUGCACGUUGGACCACGAGGACUGCGUCAAGGAGGCGCUCAACUACUUCCGCACCUGGAAGGAGAGCAAGGCGGAGAAGAGCCCCAUCAAACCCAACUUCCGCUCGUUUGUAUACUGCACGGCGAUCGCGAACGGCAACUACGACGACUGGCUGUUCAUGUGGGACAUGUACAACAAGACCACCGUGGCCUCGGAGAAAGUGAAGCAGCUGCAAAGCUUGGCCUGUUCCAGGGAACCAUGGGUCCUCAACAGUUUCCUGAUGAAGACGAUCACGCCCGACUCCGGCGUUCGUCGGCAGGACGGCGCGGCGGUCAUCGGCGCAGUCGCUUCCACUGUCUUCGGCCGCAGUCUCCUCUUCAACUUCUUGCUCGAGAACUGGGACGCCCUCUACAAGACCUAUUCCGCUGGGGCAUUCUCUCUUCCUCGCAUCUUCGGUUCAGCCAGUGGCUCGAUUCAUUCACGCUUCCAGCUGGAGAUGCUCGGCGUGUUCUACGAGAAACACAAGGAGAGUGUUUCGGCGGUGGGCCGGACCUACAAGCAGACCGUUGAGAAGGCCGAGUCCAACAUCCGCUGGAAGGAGAAGAACUACGCCCGGAUACGGGACUGGCUGAACGAGAAAAUAAAGUAGCCGCCCGGCCUCGCUUAGGCAUCCUAGGUUAUACCAAAUUGAUAAACCGAGAUGCGCUCUAUCUUUCUUUUUUUUUUGUUCCUGUACACUAUUCUCUUUAUUCCUCGUGCCGAAUUAUCUGCAGCUAAACGGAUUUUCAAAAGUGUGCCUGUCAUUUAGACCCGCCUACACUGACUGAAUUAUCCCUCUAAAAUUGUUACGGUUGCGUUUCUCGGUUAGGGUUUGCCGUAGACGAUUGUGCCGGGUACGCUGAGCGAGUGUACACAAUGUUCCGCAAGUAAUGCUGCUUGAAUGUUCCGCGUAUUCUCCUCUUUUGUUUUGUCUGUGCGUAUGAUUGUGUAAAUACGGAGCGUGUUACGCUGCCCAGUGGAAAAACACGACCUUGUGAUUCCUGUGAGCACUUGAAGAAAAAAAAAUCCGAUUUUAUUUCGAUUGACCAUGCGCAGUAAGCUGUUAAUCACCGCGUUUUAUUGCACUUUAUUCAUGCGUCAUGUGUAUGUGUGAUUUCGGGAGUGCCGAUCGGUUUCGUUAACGUAUGUGGAGAAAGAAAUAUCCCUGAUGAGUGGUCGUACGCGCUGCGACUGAUGCCAUUUCUUAACACCAUCCUUCCCACUUCCUUGAAACACUGGCUUGAAUGAAAAUCGGCGGCCGUGGCUCUGUUUCGGAUAGACGUGCUAUAAAUGUCUGUCCACGGUGCAGUUGCUGCGGACGAAUGACGGUCGCGAGUGACGUAUCGGUUUGUCACGUGAUGGUCGCAACAUGCUGCACGAGGUACAGUCGCACAAUUGUCACUUAAUUGACAUGUGUGUUUUGUUUUUGAAUACUUGAUUACGCUCCUUUUCACACUGUGACGGUAUUUUUUAACAGUGGACUUCGUUUGCGGAUAAUUUUAUUUCAGAAUUAAUGUAAGCACACUAUAUAUAUUGAGGUAUAUGGUUGGUUUUCACUGCGAAGCUACAAUGCACACGUUCUGUUUGCAUCACGAGUUGUCGCACCUUUUCACACUUGUGAGCUGCACCGUCGUUUAGGUUUCUUUGAAGAAAUUAUCAAUGGCCCGUCUUAGAACAGGUUGUCAGGUUUGCAUGAAUAUAUAUGCAUAUUUUAAAAUGCCACUGCAUUUCAACCUUCCCAAUUGCAGUCGUAUAAUUUUGCUUUUCUCUUGCGACAACCUUGUACAAAGGUUAUGUAACAUAGCUGGUUCGCGUGCUUUGGCGUAAGCUGAGUGAAUGCCUCGAUUCCUCUACUCACUGCUACCGGUCAGCAGUGUGAAAACACGUGCAGUGCUACUCCGUUCCAUUAGUGUCACCGCGCAUCAUGUUGCGCUUUACAUAAACGACUCCAUACUAGGGGCACUCCGGGAGCCCUCGAGUGUGUCAUUCGGGAUGAGCAGGUUGGCAUAACGGGGACCUCAUUUCGCACUGGCGUUGCUUCUGCUAGGUUUUCGGUGGCUGCGAUCACGUUUGUGCAAUCCAUUUGUAGGUUUCACUCUGCACGCUUGUAAAUCCCUAUAUACUUCCUAACUCGGAGUUGUUUUGAGUGUGUAUAAUUUGUCGAACUACGAAAUAUGAUACAUUUUGAACCACUGCACAUAUCGCUGUAGGAGAGACAAUUUUGAAUGCACGCUGUCGCGAUUUUAACCCUGCUCUCGAGUGUACUUUCUUGAAUAGACCUGUUGUUGAUUCGUGGUGCUUUCGCGGCUGCGGCGGCGAAAGAUGAAAGCGAAAGUGAGUCAUGUUUGACCUGCACGGGUCGCUAUUUGUCAUCUGUAUCAUCCCACAUUUUUGUCCUGUAAACUUACUGUAAAUAAAGGCGAUAAGCGUACAACA